AUGGCGCCCGGGGCUAUUUCCAAUGUACAAAACAACGGCUCAGAUGUCGACCUGACGGCAACUGCCAUUGACCACAAGAUGGAGGAGGCACAGGCCAAUGGCUCGUCCAACGGCUCAAAGGUGGCCUACGAGGAGCUUGAUGCCUCCAAGCUCACCUACUCCUUCACCAAGUCGCCGCUGCCGGUGCCCGAGGCCGGCGUCACCAGCAGCGGCAACAAGUCCAUUUGCACAGACCACAUGCUGGUUGCAAACUGGAAUAUGGAGACGGGCUGGUCGGCCCCGGAGAUCAAGCCCUACGGUCCCUUUACGAUCUCACCCACGGCCUCGGUGCUCCACUACGCUACCGAGUGCUUUGAGGGCAUGAAGGCGUACCGUGGUUAUGACGGCAAGCUGCGCCUGUUCCGCCCGGACUGCAACGCCGAGCGCCUGCUCAUGUCGUCGGUGCGCAUCUCGCUGCCGUCCUUCCCUCCCAGCGAGGUCGAGAAGCUGGUCAAGGCCUUCAUGGCCGUCGACGGUCCCAAGUGGCUGCCCCGUGACCGCCCGGGCUCCUUCAUCUACAUCCGUCCCACGCUCAUUGGCACACACUCGCAGCUCGGCGUCGCCGCCCCUGCCGAGGCCAUGCUUUUCAUCAUUGCUUCCUACAUGCCCCAGAUGGACGCCCCGCCGGGAGGCAUGCGUCUGCACACCUCGCCCGCCGACAUGGUCCGCGCCUGGGCUGGCGGCUUUGGCUACGCCAAGGUCGGCGCCAACUACGGCCCUUCGCUGCUGGCCACUUCGGAGGCCAAGACGCGCGGCUUCCACCAGAUCCUCUGGCUGUACGGCGAGGAAGGCCUCUGCACCGAGGCCGGCGCUAGCAACUUCUUCGUCCUCUGGAAGAACAAGGAGACGGGCCGGACCGAGCUCGUCACCGCCCCGCUGGGCGACAAGAUCAUUCUCGACGGUGUCACGCGCCGCAGUGUGCUCCAGCUUGUGCGUGAGCGCUGCGCCGAUGAGAUUGACGUUGUCGAGCGCAAGUACACCAUUGAUGAGGUGCUCGAGGCCGAUGCCGAGGGACGCCUGGUUGAGAGUUUCGCAUCGGGUACUGCUUACUUUGUCUGCCCCAUUUCUCUAAUCCACCACCGAGGAAAGGACGUCAACUUCCCCAUGGGCAAGAAGAAUGAGGGUGGUGACUUGACCCUCAAGGUCAAGAACUGGCUCAAGGACAUCAUGUACGGACGUGAGGACCACCCGUGGGGUUACGUCGUCCCCGAGGAGCAGUAA